GUUUGAGUUGAAUAGACCUUAUGUAAAGCAAGAGCGAAAAUUGUGAGGUCUGAAGUCAACUGCUGGAAGCUUUUUGACAGAAUCGCUCAACUCUGGCAAUGGGAAUAACUGUAUCGCCACAUAACCACGUGAAUGCUCAAACAAGUGAACAUAGGAAACGCAAUUUCCAGUGAGGUUAUAAGUGAGAAAAUGAACAAUUGUUAAUUUUUCAUUAUAAAAUGGAGUUUAUAAUAGAUACAAAGGGUUCAAAUGAUCUAUUAAAUAAAAAUCAACUUCUAGAUAAUGAUGAUGACGAUGAUAUAGAAUUUGAGGAUAUAGGACUAGAUCCAACAAAAAUUGUUGUAAGGAAAAAGAAUGUUCAAAAUAAAAAAUCAAAAGAAAAUCCAAAUGAUAUUAAUCUUUCCGCGUUUGAACGGGAUAUGGGGUGGAAAAAUUCAGUGCAUAAGAAAACAAAACUAGACAGAGCAGUGAAAAAAAUGUCAAGCCAAAUGGCACCAAUUGCAGAAACUCUUAAAAAAGCUACUGUAAAACCAGGAUUUGAACGUGUAAAGAAAGUACCUGCGUAUGACGUCAGUGACAAAAAGUUGAAAGAGUCAAGAAAAAGACAGAGAGAAAAGACUAAGGGUGACAAAUGGUUUAACCUUCCUGCAACAGAGAUGACAGAUGAAAUCAGGCAUGACUUGGAAGUUAUACAAAUGCGAUCAGUAUUAGAUCCCAAACACUUUUACAAGAAGAAUGACAUCAAAGCUUUACCAAAAUAUUUCCAUAUUGGUAAAGUUGUUGACUCACCUACAGAUUUCUACAGUGGACGUUUGACCAAGAAGGAGCGUAAACGUACUAUUGUUGAUGAACUCAUGGCUGAUGCAGAAUUUGCCAAGUACAACAAGAGGAAAUACAAAGAAAUCAUUGAUGAAAAACGCAAACUACAAUACAAGGCUCAUAGGCAUGCAAAGAAACUAAAGAAAAAGAAUAAGUAA